UUAUGUUCGAAUCAAAGUCUCGUCAGGGGGCCCAUCGCCAUGUGAAGAGUUAUUCCGAUUCGCUGAGACAGAUAUAAAACAAGCCCAUUUCGAGCCCUAGUUCUGCGAUUGGAUCCCCAAAUUUUAAUCCGGUGGGAAUCUCGGCGGGCAAACAUGGCCGAGGAAAUCGAGAUCGCCACGCAAACCUCGACGCCGGAGGGAGGCGAGACCGGGCAAAAGACUUCCAAGGGCAUCAUGUCAGACAUAAAGGUUGAUGAUGUUUCCAAGGAUACUGAAUUAAACCAAGAUGAGGAGGUCAAUACCAUGCCCUCUGCAGAACAAGAGGAGCAAGUGAUAAAGAAAAAAUAUGGAGGAAUUGUACCCAAAAAGCCACCAUUGAUAUCCAAGGAUCACGAGCGAGCUUUCUUUGACUCUGCUGAUUGGGCAUUAGGGAAGGGAGGGCAUGCUCAGAAACCCAAAGGUCCCCUUGAGGCACUUCGACCAAAGCUGCAGCCCACACCUCAGCAGCAGGUACGUUCCCGACGCCCAGUUUAUGCCUCAAGUGAAACUGAAGAUGGAGAUAAUGCUGCUUCCGAGGGAGCAAAUGACAAUAACGAUGGCACCGAUGGCAGUGAUCAGUAACUUCUUAAUGCGGAGUCUUCCAGUUGGGAAUUUUUCUUUUUUGAUGACGUACACGACCAAUCCAUUUUUAACUUCCUCUAAAUAAGGAGUGCACAUUAUCUUGCAUUUGGUACGAUUGGUUUGCUGCUGAGACUUAUACUAAUGAACAUAGCAUCUGUGUUGUUAAAGGUGCACUUGUAAUAUGUAUCCUGAUGCCAACCCAACACAAAAUCCUGCAACUUACGUAUCAUGUUAAUACCUUCCCAGGGUCUGCUUGAUGUUAAGUCUUUCCAACUUGUAUCAUUUUCAACAUUAAACUUUAUUAUUUUUUUUUAAUCUUAAAAAACAUCUUGUUUGUA